GUUUUGAAGGAACUGAGCGGGAACAUGUAACCCCGUACACAUAAGUAUCGAGGAAAGCGAUCCUCUUCAGGAAGUUACCUUCUCAUUGCGACGUGGAAUAUGAUGUCGGACUCAUCAUUGAUAAAUCAGUGCCCACUGCUUCUCCCUCAAAAUAAAGAAAAAACGGUGUACGAUGGCUUUAUUACUGUUCAGGAACAAGAUUUCCGUAUAAGGAUCGUACUGCCUUCAGAUCACCAACUUAAGCAUGCAAGUUUUAAAUGUUGCUGGCAACUAAAGGCUUUUCUACAGGGUUACCAAAAUAUCAUAAAACAGAGACUGCAUCAUUGUUCUGAUUUGGCGAGCUUUAUGCUGGAACUGAAGACAGUAUUGGAAAUUGCUUUGAAAAACCGGCAGGCUUUUCUUAUUGCACCUCCUCCACAAUAUUAUUCUCAACUUAUUAAGGACAUAGAAGACCUAGGAUGGGAUAAGCUUUCACAUAUUUCCACUGAUUUCAGUACGGUCAGACUAAAGGCUGAGGAUGGUUCUGGUCGAGAACACCUAAUUACAGUCAAGCUGCAGACAAAGUAUCCUGAUGAAGUUCCUGUUUGUUCUGCCGACGUACCAGUUCCCUUUAUCCUGUCAUGGUCAUUACAGAGUUGCUUAAAGAACAUUCAUAGCCAGUUUCUGGCAAUGCUGGAAUCCUUAAAGCAGUUUUGGGAUGUAAUGGAUGAAAUAGAUGAACAGACCUGGGUACUUGAGCCUGAGAAACCUACAAGAAGUGCAACAAUGCGACGAAUUGCAAUAGGAAAUAAUGUAUCGCUUAACAUUGAAGUUGAUCCACGGCAUCCCAAAAUGCUCCCAGAAUGUUGUUUUCUUGGAGCAGACCAUGUUGUAGCACCUCUGAAAAAUAAACUGAAUACAAACAUGCACUUAUGGAAUCCAGAUUAUAGCAUACUGCACAAUUUAAAAGAAGUUUUGGAAAUAGAGUUUACAUUACCAGGCUCCCAGGAAAAAUCUAGUUUCAGUAUGGAUUGUGGAAUUUGUUACUCCUAUCGUCUUGAAGCAGCGAUACCAGACCAAGUUUGCAAUGAUCCACGAUGUGGUCAGCCUUUUCAUCAGACUUGUCUCUAUGAGUGGCUAAGAGGUCUUCCAUCGUGCAGACAAAGCUUCAAUAUUGUUUUUGGAGAGUGUCCAUACUGUAGCAAGGUAUGUACAACUUUUUAUGACUAUAGUGUAGCUGGAUUUGUUUAAAAAUUGUUUUUAUAUAAACAGAAUGACUACUUUAUUAGGUACAGCAACCUUACCUCUGAGAUUCAUUCUUCACACAAUAGCAACAUCCCAUGUCCUGUCAAAACAUUCAAACCAGGGAGAAUAAGAAGUAAUUAGGGGUGUGAUUGGCAAUAACCAAUGUGGAGGGGUAUGACUUUGAGCAUUCAACGUACUCAGAAUGACCCACAGACAUACCAAAAGUCCAGUAAUAAAGGAUUUAUUACAGGAAAAAUAAAGUGUCAGGGAGGUACAUGACACAGGGUUUACAACAGUAAAAGGAACACAGUAACCGCUAAGCCACUCAGGGGCCUGACUCCAUAAUUCACAGGGAUUCAUUCCCUGUCCAUCUUUCUCUUCCUCUUUCCUGUCUUACCAAUAGCACAAUGUCCGUGAGUGUUCCCCAAACCCACAAAAAAUAUUAGACUACAGCUGGUAAGAGGGAAAAUAGGUGUUUUAUCAACAACACCUAAUCAUGAAAGGGUGGUUAAAACCAAAAGAGCAAUAAGGAACAGAACAAUAAAAAAACAACAAACUACACCCCUGUGGGCCUUACUAUAACAAAUGAUGGGCCCUUACUGACCCAUGGGGUGGAUGGUCGACAUUCACACUAUUAAUCAUUUUUUGAAACACUCUCAUUCUCUUCUUCCUUGUUAUUGUAUUUACCCAUAGAAGAGCGGGAAAUUCUUAAAACUGGACCAUAUAAAAACCUUUAAUAGAUCAAUUAUUUAUAUAAAUUAAUAAGGGAACCAAUAAUAUUCUAACAAAAAUAUUGUA